GCGGCUUGUCGACUGUGCAAUGUAAACAUUUUUAUGCCAUGCAACUUCUGUCCUUAUUGCGGCUGUAGAGUUACAGAUUCCCUUGUGCAGUGUAAUAACAUUAUCCAGUCUUAUAACAACUCUGGCACAUCUAACAAUCAAAGCCCUCCAGCAAGUGGCUCAACUUCCAUAAUUUGUAAUGACAGUAUGCCUCGUGACUUACGUCCUAUGACCUUUCAUGAAUUUCGAAAACAAAAAGAACAAGAUAGAUGCUCUAAAUUCUCAAUUUCUAAAACAAAAAAGAGGAGCAUUUCAACAGCAAAUAAAAAAGCUAGGUUAGCACAAGAAGUGAAAGUGCAAGUUGGUGUGGUUAGAGAAAGUGUUGAAGAUGGUAGAUUGAAAAAAAUCAAAGGAAGAACUAUUCCUGUAUUAUUUAAUGAAGACGACAAUGCCAAGGUAUUGCUCGAAAAGGCAGUUGAGAAGCAUGCAAGGCACUUUAAACAAUUUGACAGAGUUGAUACUUAUGUCAUUCUCUAUCAAGAUAUGACUCUUGUUAAAGAGUUACCAGGUAGUAACACAUCUUUCACCCUUGGAGAAUACAAACGAGACCUACUAAAACCCUAUUGUAAAAUUUUCUUCUGGUUAUGUCCGAAAGAUGAUUUUGAACAUUGUUCCUGUUACAAUGAAGACUAUCAUUCAGACGAAGAGCUUCUGUUUGUUCCAUUUAAUUGUAAUGUUGACAAUAGCAACUUAGGAAUUCAAGAGUUACAUGUUACAUCACCAAAACAUGCAACUACUUCAGAGUCAACAACGUCUUUGACAGCACCAAACAUCCCAUGUUCAUCUCAACCUAAAUUGUCAUUGCAACAGACGUCAGACAGCAUUGAAAAAUACUUGGUCACAACUCACCAGUGUCCAACAUGUUUGAUGCAUUUUCCUCGCAAUGAAAUUGAAGUUCAUGCGAUCUUUGUGCUGAGACAUAUGUAGAUACUGUUGGUGAAUGUGAAUCUGAUGACCAAGACUGUGAAAUUCAGAUUGUGGAGGGAAACUUAUUGAGUGAAAAAGCUAAAAGUGUGACUGAUAAGUUGGAAACUGUGCAACAAGUUGUUGAAAAUUUAAAGAGCAAUUUAAAGAUGACAUUAGUCAACAGAAUAACUAUUCGAAGGCGUUAUGCAUUUAAAGACUAUAUGGAUGCACGACUGAAGAAGUAUUUUAAGUCAGAAGGUAUUCUGAAAGUGUCAUUUGCGGGAGAACCAGCCAUAGAUACAGGUGGCCCAAGACGUGAAUUUUUUACAGAAUGCCUCAACUAUAUACAGAGGAAGCUGUUCAACGAAACAGGAUUUCCAGUAGUGAAUGUACAAGCCUUGGCCAAUGAAGAAUUCAAAGUUGCAGGAGAAAUUAUUGCUGCGUCAAUUGUUCAAGGAGGACCAGCUCCCUGUUUGUUUUCUUCACAAGUGUACAAUUACAUAGUGCAUGGAAUAUCAAGCGUACAUGCACACAACUGGUGUGAACAGUUAAAGGAUGACACAAUUAAAAUAACUGUUGAAAAGAUCAAGUCUUGUGCAAACGAUGAUGAUUUGGUUGCAUUUCUGGAAGAAGACUUGACUAUGAAUGUUUUGCAAGUAAUUGGUUAUUGUGGUAUUCCAUCUAAGGAGUCAAGAGAAACAAGCGACAAGAUAAUUAGGUCUCUUGUGAUAAGUGAUGUGUCAAAAACUUUAGCCAUUAUUGACCAAUUAAUAUCUGGUCUUGAGCUACAUGGGGUUUUGACUGAGUUGCGCAAAAACAGAACGGUUAUGGAACCAUUAUUUACCAUUGAUGGAGCACAAAAGUUUUCAGUGACAGCUGAUCAUAUUCUGGAUCACAUUUUGAUAGAAUGCAGUCCUGAAGGGAGCAACCAAAAGUUAUUAGAAAUCAAUAUUCACAAGUUUUUUUGUGAUUAUAUUCAAGCUCUUGAAGCUAAAACAGGAGCUAAAAAUUCUUUGUCUGCAUUGUACAAAUUUAUAACUGGAGUUGAAACAGUGACCCCACUUGGCAUGGAAAAAACCAUCACUGUGAAAUUCAAGCAUGGAUGCAAAGCUGGUUGUAGAUGCAGACCAACAGCCUCUACCUGUGCUACAAGCUUAACACUCCCAGUUCAUAUUGAUGAUUCAAAGCAAUUUGAAGAUUUAAUGGAUGCUACACUUGCAGAAAGUUCUGGUUUUGGCUUCAUUUAAAGAAUACAGUAUCAAUUAUAUAUUUCAAGGACAUUUCUCUCUUAAAACGUUUUUAAUGUUAAGACAACUUAAAAUUUUUGUUAGAUAACACAAACAUUAUUUUGCAUUAGCAGUGCAAAUAAUUCUGAUGCUUCCUGAUAGUUUUCAGGAUAUUGUAAUCUUUGCAACUCAACCAAGUAAUGGAAAUAAUCUUGAAAAGUAUUAUCAUACAACAAUUCAUUAUGGCAAGCA